CUGCCGAGUGUCUUCAGAGCGCGCCGCCAUUUUGUCGGGGUAUAAGAAAACUCCGCCAAGCCACAAAGUUCCUGGUUAGACCUCAAGUUCCUCUUUGUGCAAUGGACGGCCGCCUAGAGACUGACUUGUAUCCUAUGGGAUCGAGUUACGCAGAAUUAGACGUUGUCCAUGAUAUUGCAGUUGGAACAAAGAGAGGAUCUGACGAACUUUUCUCCUGUGUUUCCAACGGGCCAUAUAUCAUGAGUUCAGCAGCUAAUGGCAACGACAGCAAGAAGUUCAAAGGUGACAUCAGAAGUCCCGGUAUUCCAUCCCGCGUCAUACAUGUACGCAAGCUCCCCAGUGACAUCAAUGAAGCUGAGGUCAUUUCUCUAGGCCUUCCCUUUGGCAAAGUCACCAACCUGCUCAUGCUGAAAGGAAAGAACCAGGCUUUCCUUGAGAUGAAUACAGAGGAGGCAGCCCAGACUAUGGUCAGCUAUUACUCCUCAGUCACACCAGUGAUCAGGAAUCAUCCCAUCUUUAUGCAGUACUCCAACCACAAGGAACUGAAAACGGACAACUCACCAAAUCAAGUGAGAGCACAGGCAGCACUGCAGGCUGUAAAUGCUGUCCAGACAGGCGGCAUGUCAUUAGGUGGUGUAGAAGCAGGCGGUGCGAGCGGCCCUAGCCCUGUCCUCAGAGUGGUGGUGGAGAACCUCUUCUACCCAGUCACCCUGGAUGUUCUGCACCAGAUCUUUUCCAAGUUUGGCACUGUUUUGAAAGUGAUUACUUUUACCAAGAACAACCAGUUCCAAGCUCUUCUACAGUUUGCUGAUGGUCUUACUGCUCAGCAUGCAAAGUUGGCUCUGGAUGGACAGAACAUCUACAAUGCAUGCUGCACUCUGCGCAUCAGUUUUUCCAAGCUCACCAGUUUGAACGUUAAGUACAACAACGACAAGAGUCGGGACUACACACGGCCUGACCUGCCUUCAGGAGACGGCCAGCCCGCUAUUGACCACCAUGCGAUGGCAACAGCUGCAUUUGCUACUCCCGGGAUCAUUUCUGCUGCGCCGUACGCCGGUGCCCAUGCCUUCCCCCCAGCUUUUGCCAUUCAGCAGGCUGCAGGCUUGACCAUGCCAGGUGUUCCUGGAGCCCUGGCCUCUUUGGCCAUUCCCAGUGCAGCGGCAGCAGCUGCUGCAGCAGCGGGCAGACUGGGUUUCCCUACUCUUCCCGCUGGCCACUGUGUCAUGCUGGUCAGCAACUUGAAUCCUGAGAGAGUUACGCCCCAAUGCCUCUUUAUUCUUUUCGGUGUAUAUGGUGAUGUGAUAAGAGUAAAAAUUAUGUUCAACAAAAAGGAGAAUGCCCUUAUCCAAAUGUCCGAUGGCACUCAGGCUCAGCUAGCUAUGAGCCAUUUGAAUGGACAGAAGUUGUAUGGACGGGCGCUGCGCAUCACUUUAUCCAAACACACGACUGUUCAGCUGCCACGUGAGGGACAUGAGGAUCAGGGCCUCACUAAGGAUUACAGUAACUCUCCUCUCCAUCGUUUUAAGAAGCCUGGCUCCAAAAACUACUCCAACAUCUUCCCGCCCUCCUCAACUCUGCACCUCUCCAACAUCCCCCCUUCAGUCGUUGAAGAUGAUCUCAAGAUGCUUUUUGCCAGCUCUGGUGCUGUGGUCAAGAACUUUAAGUUCUUUCAGAAAGACCGCAAGAUGGCUCUGAUUCAAAUGGGUUCAGUGGAGGAAGCAAUCGAGUCCCUCAUUGAGUUCCACAACCAUGAUCUUGGUGAGAACCACCAUCUUAGAGUGUCCUUCUCCAAGUCAACUAUUUGAACAGGAUAAAAGUGACUGCAGCUGGAAUGAGUCAUUUAAAGACGUACAGUAAAGUUGCUGACUUGUCAGAAGCCUCAACCACAAAACUUUCAUCAUUCCACUAUUGUAUUUAUAAGUAAUAUCUAGUGGUUCAUAUAUAACAUUUUAAUUUUUUAAAUGCCUGUAAGGAUGAUUGUCUAUCUGUAAUCACACCUCUUGAGCCUUUUAUAAGUUUCCGAAGAUUUUGCAUUGGUAGACCCUUGCCUUGAAAGUGCUGCUCUGAAUUUCUUUUUUUCCCCCCCAGAAGUACUUUUUGUGCCUUACAUUAUCUUGCAGCUAAGCGCUUUCUGAUAUCGUAUAAACAAUGUUGUCUGAUACGACACCAAUGUUUGUAAAGACUUUAGUUUACAAUCCAUGUGUGUAUCCUCAUGUAGCUGAAUUGAGAGGUUAGUUUUGUUUCAUACAGCUGCAGGGCUUUUUUGAUAAAUCAUUGCCUUAAGGCCAGUUCCCUUUUGCUUUCUACAUUCCCGGUAGCUCUGAGUCUUAUCACAUACUGUAACGAUAGACAUAGACUGUUUACAUUCCUUUUUUUAUUUAAUGCAAUAAUUUGUGUACAAAUCAUAUUGUAAGUAUGUUUGUGUUUUGAUGCUGUUGGCCAUUGCAUGUUGGCCUUUGGUCAGUGGCUUGCUCACUUCUUUGCCUAUACAAUUUGUUCUGUAUUUUUCAUAGACCUUAAGUAUUGCCUUAAUGUAUCACAAGGCAUUGUUUUGUAACUAUUCUAUUAUAAUGCCUGAUAUUUGGUGUAUUCUUGAACCUUUUUAUAUGUACACUACAGCUUGAAACCAAAGCAUCUAUUCAGCUUUCAGUUAUGAGACUAUUGUAUUCCUCCCAAUUAGAAUUGGCCAGAUAGAAAUAUAGAAGUGUUCAUGUGGCUUGUGUUUAUGGAAAAAAAAAAAAAAAAAAAUUAUAUGUUGGGAAUCACUUGCUUUUUAGGGUUUAUUUCUCUUACCAACCAGUAACUAUAAUUUGCGAUUUUGCUUACUGCAUGCUGAUUGCUUGCUGUAAGUUGGCUCUUUUUUUUUUUUUCUACUGCUCACAUUUGUUUUCUUGUAGUCCUGCAAUCUGUGCAUUUUAGUUACAUGUCUUUUGAUUGGGAUACUGUCUUAUUUCUUUUAAAUAGAUUUCUUAAUCUUGGCCGCAUAUACAGUAGAGUAUGGUGGUUUUUUAUGAAACAGGACUUUCAUGAGCAUAUUAGGUUUUUGACUGUGCAUGGGACCAAUGUCUUUGCUUUCCAGAAAAGACUUACCUUAAGCAUUCCACAGCACAGAUUUCCUAAUCUUUACAUUUUUUUUAAAGUGAAAAUAACGUGACCAGUUGCCAUGUUUUGGAAGACCAUAUAAUCCAGUCUCUUGAAAAUGGCAGGUCUUAUGCAUCUGCACAGCAUUUGCCUUUAACGGUUUUAAUGAUUACUUUUUCUUAAAGUGGAUAGAUGAGGUGUAAAUACUAUUUUUAUACCACAAUGUUAAGAAGCAAUAGAUUUUUUUUUUUUAUAUCUGAAAGCCAAUGUAUAUUUUGAUUACAUUAAUGGACCAUGAGCAUGCAAAAAAAACCAAAAAAAAAUAUUGGAUUUAUUAAAAAAAAAAAAAAAAAGUAGGAUUAUACAACCUUUUCCAAAUCUAAUGUUUCUUAUACAGUCCUUCAAAUGGAUAUUGUACUUUCUAUUUAUCUUCAUUAAACAUUUGUUUACUGGAA